CAGCUUUUGUGCAAUGGACAAGGGCAGUAAACGUGAUUUCCAAGUAAGUGUAUGAUCUUAUGAUCAUUUAACUUUCAUUUUGCUACUCUUUAAACACAGUGGUUCCCAAAAUGUUCCGAAAACUCGUGUGUACCUUGCAAAAGUAAGGCUAAUGUAUCUAUUUACGUGCACGAUUAGCUAUUUCGCAUGUAAAAUUGCGGGUGUUGUGCCUCACCAGAAGAUUAGACUGUGCGGCUUUUUUCAAUGUCGAAGAGCUCUGUUUGCGCUUUAAGGAAGAAGUCUUGUUUCUUGCUUUAUUUAUUGAAACUGUGCCUACUUAAGGCCUUUUGGUUUUGAAGUUCGACUAACUAGAAUUUGUCUGCCAUAUGCUGGUGAUUCUAGCACUAAGGGGUCCUUGAAUUUUCUAACCACCUAGAGCGGUCAGCACAUUUUACCCAAAUAUGAAUUCAUGAUCACUUAUACAGAGCCAGGCCAAGAGUUGUAGUAGUUGUCUCAAAAACAUGAGGGCAAAAGAGAGGGCCUAAAAAGGUUUAUCUCUGUUCGUUUGUGCGGCAUUAAAAGCACAAAUCAAUGACUUAAAUUACACUGACUCUUCCAAUGCGAAAGUCUACUAUGUCAUUUAAUAUACAUGCUUUUUCCCGAAAGAUCAGAUUGAAAUUAGUUUGUGUUUAUUUUCCAGAAUGCAAAGGGUGGAACUGCAAUUUAAACGCUUAAAAUUUGGAAUGUAUUCCGGGGUAACCUCAAUUUGUUGACAAACGUGAGUUGUACUGCGAACGAAACAAUUAUUGUUUGCUCUUUUUUCAAACAUGAUAAAACACUUUGCCAAGGAAAGCAAGAUAUAACCUUGCAGCUUUCUUUUAUUUCUCACAUUCGCUGAAAAAUGGAAAAAUAACCGCUGUAAAAGAUAGGAAGUUUGAUUGCCAGAAAAACGCAGUUACAUCAGAAAGUGAGUCAUUGAUUUUAAGGAAUAUAUAUUUCAUUUGCCUAUGUUUAUUUCUUCAGAUAGAAGACAGUUUGCACUGAAUCUGAAUUGCAAAUAUCCAGCGAUAUUUGGCUAGAGUUUCUAACACGUUUUAAUCAGUCAUUCGGUCGUCCAUGGAUACUGAAAAAAUCACCCACAGAGAGUCUUUUAAGGGAAAACAUAUCAUCAACAAAACUAAAGAGGGCGUUUCACUUUAUUACUUUACAAAACGAUGGGUAAAAUAGUGAAACUUUAGUCAAUCGUGUUCCUCAUUAAGUAAGCCGAAGUUGCAACGUAAUAAGAUAACAAAUCUUCAUUUGAAGUGACGUAUGUUCUCCUUUAAUGACAUAUUAAAGUACGAUUGACGGGCAUAUUUUCUCUUUUCUAGAAAAAACUCUCUACCUAUCUUUAGUAACAAUGUCUGAGACUCAACUGUCAUUUACAAGUGAAUUAUUAUAAAGAGAGUUGUUAUCCUUUACACGAAAGCUUAACUUUCUUCCAUUCUAAGGAAAAAUAAGCGGAAACAGGUGAACUAGUACCAGAAAGUGAUACUAAAUAAAUAGCUCAGUUUUAACCGGAUCGUAACUGCCUUGGUAAAGUUAAGGAAAUCAAAUGAAACUUUGAUUAUAUUUUUUGUCAUAUCCGUUUGGCCGGCAGUAUUUUUUGCUAAAACAAAAACAUGUAUCGUAUAGAAUAAACGCUUUUUCUAGAUUUUAAUGGUAGUAAAAUUUAGAAAAUGGUAUAAUGUCGACGUUCGCCAUGCGAGACGUUUCUUAAGCGCGAAAGCAAAAGGCAAAUAGUGCGUAAACAAGCGGAACGUUCGAACUUUUCCGUCGCUCCUUGAACUGACAUUCUUAAACUAAAAUUAACAGGCGUUCAAGACAGUGAAUAAUCAUUGCUUUUAGUUAAGUUUUUUACAAUAAACAAAAAAUUAUAUUUUGGUUUGCGACGGCUGAACAAUAACUUACUACAUGUACCUUCUCAGUCAGAGCAAAGGAACUGACUCAUUGAUUUUUAGAGUUAUAUGCAUGAUAUGCAAGGUCUGAAGUGGGUUCCACUGAAAAUCAGUCUUUCUACGCUUUAGUUCGCACUUUAGUUCACUUAUGCGGAAUGAAACUCGGUCAGUGAAAAUGUUCUCUUCUAUUCGAAAGACAAAAUAGCCGCUUUUAGUCAAAACACAUGCUAGAGGAAGAUAAGUUAAAUGUAUCCUUGAAUCAAUUUUACCGGCAAUAACAGGAAGUAAAUAAUUAUCACAUUACCCCCAAGUACGCUAAAAUGUACCCUUAAUACGACUUUAAAAAGUGAACUGAAGGGCUUCAUUUAUCCCGAACUACUUGCACUGUCAAAUUAAGAGGCAGCUAACUAAAAAGUAGACAUACUGCUAGCACUAGAAAACAGCCGACAUUUCGCGACGGCACCAUUGGUUUCCCCGCGAAAUGACGUCUGAGAAAUGAGCGCAGAAAUUCCAUACUGAUGACGCGUUACUACCCAGAUCUGGGUAGUGAUUCUGAUUGGUUGAAGCAAAUUUCACGAGCGGCACGACCAAUCAGAAGCACUACCCAGCUCUGGGUGGUGACGCGUCAUCAGUAUGGAAUUUCUGCGCCCGUUUCUCAGACGUCAUUUCGUGGGGAAAUGUCGGCUGUUUUCUCAGGCUAACAUACUGCGUAAAUAUUGAAUUCAUGGCUCAUUCAUGCCAAAUUAAAAGUCUACGAUAACUAGAGUUAGCAACUGAUAGAAGACGACAUAAGUUAAUUUAUACGUAUGAAACAGGUUACUUAAAGUGUCAAGGCAGUCCAGUCCAUUCUGUUUGUUUUUUUUUUCUUUACUCAGAUGUCAUCUUUUCCUUUUUUUCAGUGGCCGUAAAAUUAUCUUUGGUCUUAGCAGUAGUGGUCGGUGUAGCAUCGGCUCUAGCUGCCGCGUUGUUAGCCGUGCUGUGCAAGUGCUGUUGGGUAUGGUGGCGAUACCGCAGGUUGCAUCGAAGGCGCAGCCCGUCUCAAGAGACUCACAUUAUUAAUCAGAAGGGCAAAUGGCCAGGGGGAAUUACUUAUCAAACGUACGAAAACGGAUCUGUUGCGGACUAUGACAGCAUUUCCAGUGGAGAGGAACCGUAUAUUGUUGAAACGCCCGGGGACUUCGGUAAACUUCAGUUCUUGCUUGAAUACAAUAAGGAUGAAGACGUUCUAAUUAUUGGUCUUGUUCAGGCGAAGGGCAUCAUUUGUAAAACGAACAUACAGACAGCGUACGUCCAUCCUGUUAUUCAGCUCUGUAAAGGAGAGAAGACUUUGGGAGAAAGAGAAAUUGAAAAACAAAAAAUGACGUUUGAACCACAAUGGAACGAAGAGGUGUUGUUUUCGCUGGACGGGAACCCAAUCGAUACAAUUUCUUUUUCCAUUCGACUGAUCGAACUGGAUUCAUAUUCAAACUCGCAUGUGAUUGGCCAAGUGGAGCUUUCACUGAGCGAGGCUGAUUUUGGUGAACCGCAACCCAGAUGGUACGACAUCGCCGGCGAACAAAAGGUAAAAAAAAAAAGACCUAAAUAGUUAAUAUCAGAUCUGCAACGACCGAUGGACGGCAGAGUGAGAUCUGAGUACUAGAUAAGUAAAAAUCAAUAAGUGUCCUGCAAAUCGUAUAAAUUGACGUCGAUAGCUUCACUCGCGUGACCUGCAAAGCAGGCUUAUGUUUGGCGGGCGAGAGCCAUCUUCGGUGGCGAUUUCAACAUGGAAGUAACGGGUGCAGAGCAUACGCGGAAUCUGAGAAAGUGCCUGCAAUGAAGUGUAACACUCUCGUUGACUCACAAAGGGCGCUCCUGUGCAAGUACAAUCUUCACUAAGGGGAGGGUAGGAGGUUAUUGUACUGUUUACUGUGCUUAACUACUGGCUAAGUGAGUAAAAACAAUAGACCCGCUAUCGUAUGGAGAACUUCACGAUGACGAUCUAAACUAGAUUCAAUUAUUUUCCUAAUCGUUUGUUAUGUUAUUGUUUGUUUUUAUUUUUCUCCCAGUUACCAAGUCAUGAGUACGUUGGUGAGUUGCUCCUUUCAUUAAACUACUUCCCCACCACCCAGCGACUGACGAUCGUAGUUCUGAAGGCAAGAAACCUAAAGAUUGACACCAAAUCUGGAUUAUGGGGUGAGUUUGCAGUAAUCAGGGAUCUAUUUGACAAUAAAUAUGUGGUACUGUAUUGCAUGAGACUUGAAGGUAACAACCGGCUGAUUUUAGCUUGUGGAUACUUUUUAUCUCGGUCUUUCUGGAUAUGCCAACCAAUCCCAUAAUUUCACCAAUUUAGUUUUUGUGACGUCAACUUUUCUCUUCUCUAUAGCACGACUAUUUUUUCUCUUUUCCAGGCCCAACAGUUAAGGUAUUUCUCAUGUUAAACAAAACAAGACUGGGAAGAAAGCGAACAGCCAUGCAAAAAAAGACUGUUAACCCAGUUUACAAUGAAGCAUUCACAUUCAAGGUUACCUCGGAAACGUUGUCCAAAGUUACAUUCAAGGUUCUUGUAGUGAACAAACAUUCCCAGGGUUCUGAUCAAAUGGUCGGUCACGUGUUUCUUGGACAGCAAGUAACCGGAAGUGGGUUUGCACACUGGAAUCACAUGUUAGCCUCGUUGCGAAGACCGAUCGCCAUGUGGCAUCCCCUACUUCCUGGCAUGUAAAACCGUGCUGUGCACGUGAUUUGAACCAAAACAUAUUUAUUCCAGUUAAGGGGAGUUAAUUUAUUUCCGGCCUAGCUAAUCGAACGCAAUCGAACUGUAAUCGUUCGAUUGACUUCGAUUGGGUUCGGUAAUCGAACUUAAUGGAACUGACCCCAAAAUUUUGCCAAUUGAACAUAAAACAAGUUUCAUCUGGUUUCAAACAAGGCGUUGCGUGUAAAUAAGUUACGUAUUGGCUUCAAUUUCAAAGACAAGUAUGCAAAGCUGUCACAGAGGGCGGGAAACCUGAAAUUAACAAUUCUCGAAGAGAGUGCUCUUUUGCCGUUUUUGUCGGUGAAAAGUUAAGGGGGAGAUAGGGGUCCAGCUCUGAAGGUAACUGAGGAAACUCGGACAUUUGCAAUGUGACCUGGUGCCCGUGCUUUAGCCACUAACCGACAAAGUUAAAGAGUAAGUCUUAUGCCCGUUAUCGUUAAUUGUGAAUUCAUCGAUUUUGAAUCACUUUAAUUUAACAAUUAGAUUUUAGUUAAUUCCCGGUUGAUUGAAAUAUUAUUGUUUUCAAACUGAUUCGCAUACAUACUAGAGGGAGAUCUUUCCGAUUCAAUUGAAACUGGAUGCGUUUUGUCUUUCUGCCGAACAAAAUGGAACUAAUCGCGUCGAUUGAGUUCGAUUGGUUCGAUUGAGUUUGGUAAUCCAACUCCCCGAAAAGUUACAGUUCAAUUAUGUUCGAUUACAGAACCAAUCGAACGACAAUCCGACCGACUGGGUUCGAUUGAUUUUUGGUUCGGUUUCGCUCGACUAGCUAGGCCGGGUUUAUUAAAUUGGUGUUAUGUUUAUCCAUUGAUAACAGCGAAGUCGUAAAUAAAACAAAGAAACUACAGGCAUUAACUUGCAAUUUAAAGUUAGCAAAAGGGAAGAUUUAAGGUCUUUUAGAUAUUGUUAUGUUGCAAGUAGAGUAAAUAGUUUAAUUAGUUCCCAAUCUCGUAACACCAAACGCCUUAACACCCGCCAUUUUUUUUCAGUGUAGCAUAACUAGCUGUUUCAACAUUUGUUUUCAAAACCUCUUCACCUCUUACAAUAUUAUGAGAUUUGGAGACACACUCAAAAUACUUCCCAGAGUCAAAUCUCGGUUGAUAAAACCCACGUUUUCUUGAAACCUUUUAUGUAACACAGGACGAAAGUUUCCGUGCUAGAGUAAUUGGGUUUCUUUUUUUAGCGAAACUGUCUUCAUAAAUUCAUAUGAAAAUAUUCAUUGUACGACUUAAAAAACUUUCCUUGCGAUCUCUCCAUUGUUCCCAAACAUGGUUUUCCAUCAUUUUGGCCUAAAAAAUUGAGCCUAAAAACUCAGUCCUGUUCCUUUAAUUUAAAGACACGUAUCACCAUGACUACAUUCACUGAAUUCGUUAGCUGGAGAAAACAGCCGACAUUCCGCCAUGCCACCACUGGUUUUCCCGCGAAAUGACGUCUAAGAGACGAGCGCAGAAUUCCAUACUGAUGAACCGACACUACGUAGAUCUGGGUAGUGCUUCUGAUUGCCUGAAAUUUGCUUCAACCAAUCAGAAAUACUACCCAGAUCUGGUUAAUGCGCGUCAUCAGUAUGCAAUUUCUGCGCUCGUUUCUCAGACGUUAUUUCGCGGGAAAACCAGUGGUGACAUGGCAAAAUGUCGGCUGUUUUUUCAGGCUAUGAUUUCGUACGUGUUGUCUUCAUGAAUUAUUUUUUUAUGGAAAAAUGACGUAAUAGCAACUUCCAUUACCAUUGUUUUUAAUUUAAUCAUUAGAAUAGGAGCUAGUAAGUAUAUAUUAUCUGGGUGAUAAUAAGGAGAGCCCUGGCGGCUAAAUGAGGGAGGGGAGAAAAAAAAAAAGAGUUUCGUAAAAGCUUUAAAACACUUUGCGGUCAGUCGAUCCUGAACGCAGUUUGGACUCACGAUUGUGCUUGGUGAGUUUGCUUAACCCUUUCACUCAAGAGUUAAUGAUAAAGUCUUAGUAUAUGGUGGUUCAAUCUAAGAGACUGUUUACGUACCCUGCGAACAGCAGACGCAUUUCCGGUCGUCGCUUCUCUCGGAGGGGGAGAAGCGACGACCGGAAAUAAGUCUGCUGUUCGCAGGCUACUGUUUACGUGCAGGGAGGAAGAUCCUAGCACCAGGAACAUCCUCGUAGGUGGAUCAUCCUAGCGUCAUAUGUUUCUGUAUUCACUUUAUAUGCAAAAAGUUGUACUUGUCCCUAACGCUAGGAUCUUCGUAGCUGAGAGGUAGGAAGAUCCUAGCAGGAGGAACCUCGUGACAACAUGUACACUGCUUUCGCUAGGAAGAUCCCAGUACUAGGGACAACCCACACAAAAAUGGCGGCGCGUUCAGCGGGUAAUCUUUCAUCUCAUCGUUAACCCAACGAAAAGUUGUUCUUUUGAGGGUCUUAAUCCCUACAUGUAAACAGCCUCUACCUUUCAUGUCUGUUGACAAAAUCCUACGGUAUUUAGACGAAACCACUCUGACAGUACUUGUACAUAGUAUUAUUUGUUUUUCAGGGUUUUAUGAAACGAAAUUUGGAAUCAGUUUUGUCCACCUCUCACUUUGGCUUCUCCUGUGAGUGAUUGGGUUAAGCACGGUGCGAAUUAGAAGUAAAAUGUAAAUAAGACGAGAAGACAUUGAGGAGCCUUGUAUCAAGGCUAAAUGAAUAAGGGAUUUAUACACUUAUCAAGAAAUGUUUAAACCUCUCUUAUCCACCCCUGAAGUAAAGAACAAAAAACUACGGUGAAUAGAGUAAGUAAUUGAUGAGAUUAUAAAUUCUGUAAGACGGAGUAAAUUAUUUUGAUGUCUUGUAAAGACAUAAUACAGAGUCUUAAGCAAAGCAAUAAAAGCUUUUACACCAACAUAAUGGCAUCUGUUGUGACCCAAAUCAUAAACAUGUUUCUAAUGUUC